AUGAGGAAAUCUGAUAGGAUUUCUGAAAUAGGAUGUUUAGACUUGAGGAGAGUUGGAUUUUUGACGCAAAAGUUGAUGGAAAGAAGAUUAGAUAAGAUAGUUGAAAAAAUAUAAUCAAAUAAUAUGAGUGAGAUUAUGGAUUUUCUUUUUCUCUAAAACUGA